UUAAAUUUUUAACAAUAUAAGUAUAAAAUACAAAACAUUAUUAAAAAUUUAUAAAAAAAUUCACCCUCCCGCUGCGGGACAUUUGAGUGCCCAAGCAACCGGUGGUCAGGGCUCCAGAGUGAGGAACCUCCUCACAAUACGCGCCGUCUCAAGAAUCACUGCCUUUUGUAUCCGACUCUUGAUCCAACAGUUAAGCGAAAGCUUCUUAAGGUGUUGGUCGAAGCUUUUCGCUAUAAGACCAUUGACUGAAACAACCAUCGGAACAAUAAUAGUUGACUCAACAUUCCACAUGGCGGUAAUCUCGUGAGCAAGGUCCAAGUAUUUUGAUACUUUUUCCUUUUCGGCUUUAUUUAUUAUGUUCGAGAUGUGAACGGAAAAAGCAGAAAUAUUAGCAGUUUUACCAAUUCCUGUUUUAAGUCAUCAAAUGGUGUUUCGAGAGUUAACACAAGAGCUGGCAAGACGUGGUCACCAAAUUACUGUUGCCACCGGAUUUCCUUUAUAUCCAAAAGGACAGGCGCCAGCUAAUUAUACUGAGAUUGAUAUACGUCCAGUGACAGACAAUGUACGUGCACAUUUAUUAAAUGAAGAUAUUAAAUCAUCGGAUGAUAUGGUCGCUCAGUUUGAAGUUACUUUUAGAGCAGGUACUCGAAUAGUUGAGGGAUUACUUGAAUUUGAAGAUAUGGAUAAUUUAGUCAAAGAUAAAAGUGCCCAUUUUGAUCUAAUUUUCAUAGAAGACUGUGCAAAAUCAAUGUUGAUCUAUUCCCACAUUUUUAAUGCACCGGUUAUACAAAUAAGUUCUUUUGGAGGAACUUUCAAGACGUUUGAGGCAGUAGGUGCACUUACACAUCCAAUCUUAUAUCCUCUUGCUGUCAGACAAAAAUAUAAUGAUCUGUCGAUGUGGGAAAAAAUUUCAGAGUUAUAUCUGUUAUACAAAAUCGAAAAACUGUAUAAUGAUGCUGACACUUUGGAAACAGAGCUAAUACGAAAACGUUUCGGAAAAAACACUCCAAGCAUCCAUGAUCUACAAAAAAAUAUACACAUGUUGUUUUUGAACAUACAUCCUAUUUGGGAUUCCAAUCGACCUGUUCCUCCUAAUGUUAUAUACUUAGGAGGUCUGCAUCAGAAACCGCACAACGAGUUACCUCAGGAUUUAAAAUCAUCUCUUGACGCUUCAAACAAUGGUGUUAUUUAUGUCAGUUUUGGAACCAACGUUGAUACGACAAUAUUACACGCUGAAAAACUAAAAAUAUUUGUUAACGUCUUUUCCAAACUACCGUAUGACGUGUAUUGGAAGUGGGAUGACGAAAAUCUGCCCAAAUUAUCUAAAAAUAUUAAGGUUAUGAGAUGGUUCCCUCAAUCAGAUUUAUUACGACAUUCAAAAGUUAAACUGUUUGUAACUCAAGCAGGCUUGCAAUCUACAGAUGAAGCUAUUGCUGGUGGUGUCCCAGUUAUUGGUGUACCAAUGAUGUGGGACCAAUGGUUCAACGCAGAUAAAUAUGUACAGUUAAAAAUUGGUUUAAAUUUGGAUAUUAACACACUCACAGAAACCAAAUUAAGGAAUGCUAUAAACACAGUUCUUGCCAACAAAGGGUACAAAGAAAACAUACUGAAGUUACGCUCAGUAAUGCGUGAUCAUCCAGAAUCACCUCUAGAGAGAGCCGUUUGGUGGACGGAAUAUGUUUUACGUAAUCGAGGGGCACAACACUUGCGUGCUCCUACUGCGAAUAUGAGCUGGGUGGAAUACUAUGAAGUUAAACUUAUACUUGUAAUUACGUCAGCGUUUGUUGCAAUUUUAACAUUAUUAUCAUUAAUGGUGUAUAGGAUUUUAAGAGCUUUAAUUAAAAAAGUGAAAACGGACUGAAAGUUUUAGCAGAAUUCAAUUCUGACGGCACUUCGAAAUUUAGGUUAUGUGACACCGCCAUCGAUCUCCUAAUAAAAAGUGGAUGCACAAUCAGCGACCAAAAAACGUCCCUACUCAAUGAGUCCCAAACACAACUUCUUGGCACUCAAUUCAAGAAGUCGCAUUUGCAAAUUCAACCUUAAACUUAAUCCUUAAGGUUGAAUUUGCAAUUUUAUUGAAUACUGGACUAUAUUUAAAGGCCUUUAGGUAUAUUUUUUUUACCAAUAAUUGUAAAACUGUCAAAGCAAAAUUGGCCAGUUAUUAAGUCAAAUUUUCUUCUAACAUGAUUGUGCGUUCUUCUUGAGGUCAAUGGAAACCGCCAUAUAACAGCUAUUUAAGAAACUAUGAGCGGACUCUGACAUUCAUAAAAUUUAAGUUGUUCUUUCUUCCGCUUUUUAAUAUUUUAUUAACUUGUACAAUUAUGAUGACUGUGCGUAAAAUGCGUAAACUUAAUUAAGAGAAACCUCUUUAAAUAUUCAUUUUAAAAUCACGUUUUGAAUAUUAACCUUGACACCCAAGUUCAACAGCCAUCUUGAAGUUAACAAGAUUCCACGACAAUUAUGAAAGCAAUUUUCCCACAAAUUUUCGGCAAUUAUGUCUGAUAAAUGGGAAGGAAAAGUUUAUGAAGAAAUCAGGGGUGGGUAAUUGAAAAAUAUUGCUUGCAUCAUUUAGGGAUUCAUUACCAAGAGGAAAAGUACAAAACAAACGACUUUGAAAUGAAAAAGAUCUUGAGAAAACGUUCAAACAAACAGAAAUAAAUUGUUAUUUAUGUAGAAUAUUAAAUACGUAAUAAAUGCAGGUAAUGUAAUAAAAAUUAUUGCAACAGAAUUGUAGACUGAUAUUGACUUAUACUUGUUGUGAAGAAAUAGUUUAGUUAUAUAUAAGAAAUAAUAAUUAAUGUUCCUUUGAAAAAUCUCUCGAUUAGAAAAUUCUCGAUUCUCGAAUAGUGAAAUAAAUAAGCGUUGGUAGGUAAUUAUGACACAAUUAACCUCAAUAACACAGUAUUCCAAACAAUGUGAUGAACUCAAUGAAGUUAAAUUGAUAUCGUUGCGAUAGUUGUGUUGGUGUAAACUUCUACUUUUAACUUUUCUGUUCUUUUUGUUUUUCAGCACAUAGUACGACUAAAUUGCACUGUACCUUCAGUGAUUUUUGUAUUUUGUAGAAAAAUCAAUAUAAUUUAAAAACCAUAAAAUUUCAGCUGAAAUAUAUUGCGGUAUUUUAGUCGGUCUUUCUCAGCUAUCACCCUGCAGAGUAUGUCAUAAUAUUUACGGGACACUCGUAUAUUAUAAUUAUUAUUGUGUUAAGAAUAUGUCUCCUGAGUUAUACCUAGUAUAUUUUUUAUCUAAAUAUAUUUUUUUUUCUAUCGAAAGGGACUAAUUUAUUUGGUAUGGUAUUAUUCUGGUACGUGGAAAGGCUUUCUCCGCAGCUUUAAACCUUCGUAAUUUCAUUCCAGCAUUUUCGUUACCAUUUUUUUCUAGAAAUCCUUUGAGAAACAGACCAUCACGUUGAAAUGGGUCACAUUAAUAUUUAUAUAUGUAUCUAGUAUCGUACAAUCUAUCUGUAUAUUCUAUAACAUGCGUUGUAUAACUAAGCUUUUUAGAACAUUCAUUGAAAAAAAAUAUACAAUAUUUUGGUUAGCCUUGAAAUUGAAAACUCUCGUAAAUUUGUUUGUAUGGUUUGUAAUCUACUUGGAUCUUACAUAGAAUAACAAAUCGUAAUAAUCAAAGUUAAACCGAGUGUCUUACAAUUAUAAAGAAAAGGAAAAAGUCCACUUAAGCCAAACCAUUACCAACUAAAAGUGCUGAGCUGUAAGUUAGAUUAAUUUUUCACUGUUCCGACGUUAUAAUAUUAUAUGGUGUCUACGAGUAAGAACUUGUAGUUUUAUAGCAAACAAAGUUUUCUUAUUAGAGCGAAAUUUUCAAGAUUGUGAGCAAGAAAGUAAAAUGAUGGUGUUGUGAUCUGAUAUGUUGGAAACUCUAGCUUCUGAGUUUGUGUAUAGUUCUUUGAAAAUCAAAUAGUCUGAACUGAGGUUUGCAUAAUUUAAAAUUUGGCAAAUUUAUGUUUUAAAACGCGUGGUGGAUUAAUAUUGUCUUAACUAAGCCGUACUAAUAUUGCCAAAAGGUAAGAUUUGAUUGUUACGAAUAGGUUCUAAAAUUAUAGGACCGAUUUUGCGAGGUUCUGCUACUAUAUACUAAUAUUAUAGACCUUAAAAGUUUUUUGGGUAAUUCCAAGAACUUCUCUAAAAUCUAAACAAAUCUAAAACAAAAAAAAAAAAAAAUUAAAAGAAUCCAAAAAUUAUAGCCAAGGCGAUAUUGCAGCUCGAUCCAAAGGCGAGAGCUGUAGUAAUGAAGCAGAGGCUGUAAUAAUCAAUACGACGUUUUAUAACACAUUUGCGAGUAAACACACUUUAAACACACUUUCUGAAAAUUAAUCUGCAAUUUUUACAAAGAUAGCGUAUAACAUAAUAUAAUAUAGAAUAUAAGUGCGAGCACCAACGUUUUUAUUUAUUUAGGCAAAUACACCAAAAACAGCCAGUAUUACUAAUAAAGUAAAUUAAUA